AUGGCGGUGGCAGCCAGGAAAGGCAGGACGACGGCCUCCCCCCUCACCGGCAGCCCCGUGGCCAUCGCCACCACGGCUCGGCCAGGCUUCCUGGGUGGCUGGCUUAGCCGGAUCCCAUUAUCCAAAUGGGUGCUCAUUGCUGUGGCUGUGGCAGUGGCUGUUCUCCUCCUCCUCUUCCUCAUCUGCAUCAUCAGGUGCUGCUGUGGCAAGAAGAAGCCCAAGAAGAAGGAGAGAGUCAGCUUGCAUGCUGUCAGCGGCUCCAGCACGGCCUGCCUUGUCCAGCCCGAGAUGGAGGACCUGGAGCGGAGCGCGGAGCAGACAGGACGAGGAAAGCUGCAGUACUCCCUGGAGUACAACUUCCAUGCGCAGGAGCUGAAAGUCGGUGUGAAGCAGGCAGCUGAGCUGAAGGCCAUGGACAGCGGAGGCACAUCCGAUCCAUACGUGAUCGUCUACCUAACAUCCGAUAUGAAGAAGAAGUAUGAGACCAAGGUUUACCGCAAGACCCUGAACCCCAUCUUCAAUGAGAGCUUCACUUUCCAGGUACCCCAGGCGGAGGUGCCUGAAUCCACACUGGUGAUGCAGAUCUAUGACUUCAACCGCUUCGCCAAGCAUGACAUCAUCGGUGAGGUCCGGCUGCCCCUGGCCAGUGUCAACCUGCAGCAUGUCAUUGAACAGUGGAGUGAACUGGUGGCAGCCAGUAAAGUGGAGGAAGAGCAGCUGGGCGAGAUCUGCUUCUCACUGCGCUAUGUCCCCAGCACUGGCAAGCUAAUGGUGCUCAUCCUGGAAGCCAAGAAGCUGAAGCGGAUGGACUCCCAUGGGCUCUCAGAUCCUUUUGUCAAGGUGCAUCUCAUCCUGAACAGGAAGAAAUGGAAGAAGAAGAUGACAAGUGUGAAGAAAAACACCUUAAGCCCUUACUUCAAUGAGGUGUUUGUUUUUGAGGUGCCUUUCAAUCAGAUCCAGAAUGUGGACGUGGUCAUCUCCGUCUGGGAUCAUGACAAAGUGACCAAGAAUGAGCCCAUUGGCAAACUCUUCCUGGGCUGCCGGGCCACGGGCAACCAGCUGCGGCACUGGUCUGACAUGCUGUCCAACCCACGCCGGCCCCUCGCCCAGUGGCACAGCCUGCAGCCCCCAGAUGUGGUCGACAAAGCCCUGGGGCUGAAGUCCCACCUCAAGAUGCCCCUGCCCCUGAGAUAGUGGGGGUCUCCUCCUCCACCUGGGGGGCAGGAUGGAGGGCUUGCAGAG